CACAAUGUUCUAAAGAGUUUUACUCGUAGAUAGUAAACCAUUAUUCUCUCUCCAGUAUCAACCCUAAGAUUACGUUCAGAAUGAAACGUUCCUUUGAAUGCUUCGAGCUUUCAGACGACGACUGGCCUGAAGAACACUCUUUCAAACCCUCAAGAGUCCUGAAACCCGAUCCCGUAGACCCCCCUCCUGCAAUCGAGUCAUUCUCUUAUUCUAAAUCCAACAAUUAUUCUGAACGUCCCACAACCGAUUUUAUUGACAUUGGCGACAGCUCGUCCGACGAAAUCGGGAAUCAAGCCGAGAAUUUAGAUGACGCUGAAUAUGAGCCAGAGAAGGUGAAUAGAAUCCGCAGCCGUCGUAGAUUCGUCAUAGAGGAUGAGGACGAGGAUGAUGGUCAUGAAGUGAAGCAUACUAAGAUGUCGCGUACGGUACCAAGAUUUGAUGAUGAGGUUGAAGAGUUCGAAUUGGGGUUGCACUCGGAGUUCGAAGUGCAGGAGCAGGAGCUGGAGGAAGAGAAAAAUGAAACCGAUCUUGUCGUUAAGGCAUUGCACAAAUGUGGUAAAAUAUCUUCUGACCUGAAGAGAGAGCUGUAUGGCUCAGCAAAUACGGCUUGUGAUCGCUUCUCUGAAGUUGAAGAAGUUUCUUCACUGAGAAUGGUUUCUCAGGAUGAUGUGAAUGAGGCAUGUGUUGCGGAGGACUCGGAUUUCAAGCCUGUGCUGAAACCUUACCAGCUUGUUGGAGUCAAUUUCCUGAUUCUGUUAUACCGAAAGAAAAUAGGAGGAGCAAUACUGGCAGAUGAGAUGGGUCUUGGCAAGACAAUACAGGCCAUUACAUACUUAACACUGCUCAACCAUUUGGAACAUGAUAUUGGGCCCCAUUUAAUUGUUUGCCCUGCUUCUCUUUUGGAGAACUGGGAAAGAGAGCUCAAAAAAUGGUGUCCAAAUUUCACUGUCCUUCAAUAUCAUGGUGCUUCUCGGUCUGCUUAUUCCAGAGAUUUGAGCUAUCAGGCUAAGGCUGGAAUAGCACCACAAUUUAAUGUUAUACUUGUCUGUUACUCGCUCUUUGAACGCCACAGUGCACAACAGAAAGAUGACCGCAAAGUUUUAAAACAAUGGCGAUGGAGCUGUGUUUUACUGGACGAGGCUCAUGCAUUGAAGGAUAAGAACAGUUACAGAUGGAAAAAUUUAAUGUCCCUGGCACGAAAUGCAAAUCAACGCCUGAUGCUCACAGGAACACCGCUGCAGAACGGUUUGCAUGAACUGUGGUCAAUGCUGGAGUUUAUGAUGCCUAAUCUAUUUGAAACAAAAGAUGUUGAUGUAAAAAAACUUUUCAAUGCUGAAGAUAAGGACUUGAUUGCUCAGAUAAAAUCUAUACUUGGGCCAUUUAUUUUGAGAAGAUUGAAAUCAGAUGUAAUGAAGCAACUGGUCCCCAAGAUUCAAAAGGUUCAUUACGUAUUCAUGGGGCAAGAACAAGGAGGCGUGUAUAAAGAAGCAAUUGAAAAUUAUCGCACAGCUUCUCUUGCGCGCAUGCGAAAGCUAUCCGGAACUGACUUGAAUAAUGCUGCUGGGGUUUUCCCUAAAAAACAGAUUUCAAACUAUUUUAUAGAAUUCCGCAAGAUUGCAAACCAUCCAUUGUUAGUGAGGCGCAUUUACAGUGAUGAUGAUGUUGUUCAAAUUGCUAAAACGCUGCGUGCAAGAGGUGCCUUUGGUUUUGAAUGCACUGUGGACAAAGUUAUUGAAGAACUCAAGGGUUACAAUGACUACUCUAUUCACAAGCUUUUACUAUGUUAUGGUGUGUAUGAUACAAAAGGAGUUCUUUCAGACAAACAUGUUAUGAGUUCAGCAAAGUGUCAGGCGUUAGCUGACAUUCUCCCUUCUCUAAAGAAAUCCGGGCAUCGAGUCCUUAUAUUCAGCCAAUGGACGUCAAUGCUUGACAUCCUUGAAUGGGCUUUGGAUGUCAUAGGAAUCACUUACAGGCGGCUUGAUGGAAGUACUGCUGUGGUAGAGAGGCAAUCUCUUGUAGAUACCUUCAAUAAGGACACUUCUAUAUCAGCAUUCUUGCUCUCCACUAGGGCAGGAGGACAGGGGUUGAACCUGACUGGCGCUGAUACUGUGAUAAUACAUGACAUGGAUUUUAAUCCCCAAAUGGACCGUCAAGCUGAAGACCGCUGCCAUCGCAUAGGACAGACAAAACCAGUUACAAUAUACAGACUGGUGACGAGAGAGACCGUUGAUGAGGAUGUAUACCAAAUUGCAAAACGAAAGCUUACAUUGGAUGCAGCAGUUCUCGAGGCUGACGUUGAAGUGGAAAAUGAAAGAGAUUUCUCUAUCAAGUCUAUGGGGGAGAUCUUAUCAUCACUACUACUUAACACUUCUCUUCCUUAAAUUAUUAUUCAUCAGCGGAAGAAAAAGAAAAAAAAAAUAUUCAUUACGGGACAUGCUUACAUUGGACGCAGCAGUUCUCGAGGCUGACGUUGAAGUGGAAAAUGAAAGAGAUUUCUCUAUCAAGUCUAUGGGGGAGAUCUUAUCAUCACUACUACAUAACACUUCUCUUCCUUAAAUUAUUAUUCAUCAGCGGAAGAAAAAGAAGAAAAAAAUAUUCAUUACGGGACAUGCUCAUAAGCUGGAAUAUUCCAAGGUAAAAAUGCAAGAGUAAUUAAUUUUUGUGGGUUAAAUGCACCAAACCUCCUCGUGAAAUAUAAAUUCGGCGCAUUAGCCCCAUGUGAUUUAAAAAAUGCGUCAAACUCCCCUGUGUUUUAAUUAAACAUGCGCAAAAUCCCCUUCAAGAACAAAUUUUACAAUUUUGAAAUCACUUUUUUUAAUAAUAUGGUUGAAUAUGCAAGUAACAUUGUCAAAAUUUCUAAAUUAUACAAAAAAAAACUAAUCAUUUUUCAUAUUUUUUGAAAUUAAAUUUGUUCUUGGAGGGGUUUGGCGCAUGAUUAAUGAUAACACGGGGUUGACGCAUUUUUUAAAUCACAGGGGCUAAUGCGCCGAAUUUAUAUUUCAUGAUAGGGUUUGGUGCUUAAACCCUAAUUUUUGUUGCAACCUCUAUCAGGAUAGGUCUGGUCAAACUUGAUCGCUUUUGGGUAGGGAUGGACUCGGGUCCGGGCCGAGUCCGGGUCGGGCCUAGGCCCGGGCGGGCCGGCGGGUCAGAAAUGGUGGACCCGGGACUGGCCCGGGUAACCACCGGGUCCGGGCCUGGCCCAUUAUAUAUUUUUUUUGUUUUCCUCUUCCUAAUUAACCCCCCUCCCACCCCCAACCCUCCAAACCACCCCAAAUGGCCCAAAAUACCUAGCCCAACCCGAAAAUUUAAAAAAAAUUUAAAAAAAAAAUAGUUUUUGGCCCGAACCGGGUCGGGCCUUGUUUUGGGUGACCCGAGCCCGGACCGGAAAACCCACGGGCCGGGCCUACCCGGACCGGUCACUGACCGGGCCACCGGGUCGGGCCGGGCUGGAACAGUACCGGUCCCGGGCCGGUUCCGGGUCGGGCCACCCGGCCCGAGUCCAUCCCUACUUUUGGGCCUUCGGAGGAAAUAGAGACCUAUGUCAAGAGUGUUAUUUUCAAGUCUUGCCUAAUUCGAGCAAGGCUUAGUCUACUCAUUAAACACAUCGAUUUAGUCUACUCAUUAAACACAUCGAUCUGUUGACAGUGGCUGUGCUGUUCAAUUUAUUUCUAUAACAAACCAAUACAGACAAAUCAGAUUGGUAGUACAUAAUAAUAUUAUUAUACAUAUAAAACCAGAUCAGUAUGGACUAGGUGUAGACCAGUCCGAUUCUGGUCCCAUAACUGGUUGAUUCCAUGGUUAAAAUUUAAAAAAGUUUGGGUCCUGUGUUGUUGGCUUGUUGCUAAGAGCAUCCACAAUGGGGUGAAUGUUUAGUCUUAGUAAGUGGUGCCACCUCAUGAAAUUAGACAUUGUGUUUUCAUUUUCAUCUCCAAUGGAGGUAGUCUAUGUGCUGAGUUGGCAAAAAAAAAUUAAACGGUGUCCACCGAACUUUCUAAGGAGGCGUUAACUUCGUUGCUAAAGUCACAGUUAGGUUUGUAAGACAGGUAAAGUAAACACGCAAGUUGCUUAAAACCUUGCUUACUAAUCGAAAGAGAUGUUUAAAGUGUCGCUUACUAAGCAUACCACCUCUUAUGUAUUAUUUAAGCGGCACUUUAAGCUUUUUCAGUUUCCGAAUUUACCCUUAGAUUUACCCCUUGCCCUAUUGCUACCCAACUACACCGCCCUAUCCUACUUGACCCACCCCCACCCUUGACCUGACCAUACCUCACUCGACCUACCUCGACCCCUCCACCACCUGCCCUACCCCAUCCCCUCACCUCUUACCCUACCCAUGUACCCCCUACCACCUUCCCCUACCUUGACCCACCCUUACCCCAACCCUAACCCUUACUCCCACCCCACCCUUGACCCGACCACUAACCCGCCUUACCCUACCUUACCCCGAUCCCACCUUGACCCGACCAUACCCCACCCCCACCUUACCCCUACCUCGACCCCUCCACUACCUGCCCUACCCCACCCCUUACCCUACCCAUGUAUCCCUACCACCUUCCCUUACCUUGACCCGACCCUGACCCGACCCCUACCCCCGUCCUUACCCCCCGCCCCACCCUUGACCCGACCAUACCCCACCCUCACCUUACCCCUAUCCCCUAACCUCCACCACCUGACCUACCCCACCCCCACCAUCACCCUACCCCUUCCACUGCCUUGACCCGGACUCCACCCCUACCUUGCCCCCUUUCCCUACCCCUUUACCCAUACCCCCUACCACGACCCACCCCCACCCCCACCCCACCCUUGGCCCGACCAUACCCCACCCCAGCUUACCCCUACCCCCUACCCUCCACCACCUGCCCUACCCCACCCACACCUUCACCCCUUACCCUACCCCUUUACCCCUACCACCUUCCCCUACAUUGACCCGACCUGAUCCCACCCCUACCCCUAUAACCCUCUACCCUUGUCCCUACCUCGACCCACCCCUACCCCACCCCAACCACGAGUUGGGGUGUUGGUAUGGGUGGGAGUAGGGGUGGAGGGUAACGUCAUGGUAAGGGUAGUGGGUAGGGAAGGGGUGGGGUCAAGGGUGUGGAAUUGGGGGUAGGGGUGAGGGGUGGGGGUACGGGGCGAGGUA